AUCAAGUUCAGCAGCUUCAGCAGUUCGUUCGAUUGAAUGAUGAGUUACGCGAGUACAGGUGUAGAGUGCGACAACGCAAAAUAAUCCGCUCACAAUUUUUGCACACGACUACACUCAACUACAGUAGGCUUAACAUAUUAUAGCUUUUAUAAAUGCACGUUAUGUAUCGGUGGUAAGAGCAAGAGAGAGAGAGAAGAGAGAGAGUUGUCGACCGACGACGAAGAGGUGCAGAGAGUGCAGUGCAGACAUCGGUAAUCGCGACAGAGAAAUCUCUGGUCGCGAACUUGCGAGGGUUCAGUGAACAUCUGUGUGUUGCCUUACGCGUCUACUUAUCUAUUCGAUAAUCAGCAGAUUGCAAGACUCUUCACCGCAACCGACAAGUCGUAGAGGUACUUGCCCUCCGGUAAAGGGCAAGGACUCUCAAGUAACCACAUCAGUUGGGUCCUAACACGUCCUAAUGGCUGUCACGGUUAAGUCGGACACCUAGCCAGCCCGCCAGGUCUACAACGUCUACGGGCGUCUACCUUCUUAUUCUUCCCUUCGUUGUGUACUGUUAUCAUAUUAAUCCACCCCCAACUUGUGGAACAAGUGCAAGAUUGUCGCGGGGUGAUUAUUGUUUUGGAGGCGCGUGAAAGAGACGAGUUGGAAGGAGAAAGAGAGAGGAAGAGUGAGUCCGGUCUUGUGAUGCCGAGCGGCGACUCGCUCAUCCGCUGGGCGAGUUCCAUUGACUAUUACGGCGCUGUCUGAAUCGGGGGAUAACGCGAGGAUGCCGGUCAAGGUGGACGUCGUGCCGCCACCGCCGGCAAACUCGAAACAGCCGGGUGUCACCAAGUCGCUCCUCUACAACGGCUCUAGGUUUCAGGGCUCCCAAAAGUCCAAAGGCAACAGCUAUGAUGUCGAGGUCGUCUUGCAGCACGUGGAUGAGGAGAACAGUUACCUUUGUGGCUAUCUUAAAAUAAAAGGUCUUACCGAGGAAUUUCCGACGUUAACUACCUUUUUUGAUGGAGAAAUUAUCUCUAAAAAGUAUCCGUUUCUCACGCGUAAAUGGGAUGCGGAUGAAGAUGUGGAUAAAAAGCAUUGGAGCAAAUUUGACUCGUUUUGUCAGUAUGCCAAAACCUUUAAUUCUGAUACAUUUGAUUACGAAGCAUUAAAGGGAACUGAUUACGUUUUUAUGAGAUGGAAAGAGCACUUUUUAGUACCUGAUCAUACAAUCAAAGAUAUCAACGGUGCCUCUUUUGCAGGCUUUUAUUACAUUUGUUUCCAAAAAUCUGCUGCUUCCAUUGAAGGUUACUACUACCAUCGCAGUUCUGAAUGGUAUCAAUCCUUGAAUCUUAGGCACGUGCCAGAACAUAGUAUACAGAUCUACGAGUUCAGGUGAAAAAAGGAAUGCACGCCGUCCACUUUGAAGACAGCUCCGUGAUUCAUUCCUCGACUAGGUUCUUGCGCGCUCUGAACUUUCGUGAUGGUUCUUGUAAUGUUUUUGCGUUAAUUUAUCAUAACACGCGUUUGUUCUUUGAUAAGCAGACUAGUGCCUCACACAUUGGUAAGUGAUAGUAAAAGCUAAUGCGCUUAAUAUUAUUUGCAUCCACUUUUUUUUUCCUACAGCAUUAAAACAAUAAAGCUAAUGUGUUUUUUUGCUUUAUUCGCGUUGUACCACUUAUGGUAUUCUUUUGAUGAAAUUUUUACAAAAUUCGCGAGAUAAUUGUAUUGAUAGAAAAAUUAUUGUUGACACAUGCUAAGACUUACACUAAAUAAUUUUUUUAUUUGUAGUACUUUAACCAUCUUUUUAAUAACUUCUGAUUAGUUAAACAAUUUUAGAAUAAUUUCCUACCUAGUCAAGCAACAAGAUUCAAAUUUUGUAGCUUUUAAUGUAUUAAAAUGUUUGAUUUCAACAGAUUUAAAUGUCACUAUAUUACAACAACUUUAGUUGAGAAGCAUAUUUAUUUUAUGGAUAAAAGUUGAUUGUAAAUCAAAAGAUUAUAAUCAUUUGAAAUCUGUUUGAAUCAAAUAGGUAACUCAUGAC